AUGCUUCCUUGCUUUUCUGAUCUCCCCCCUUCCCCGCUUCCCUGCUCUCCUGCUUCCUUACUUUCCUGCUUCUUUGCUUGCCUGCUUCCUUACUUUCCUGCUUUUCCAUUUCCUUGCUUCCCUGCUUCCCUGUUUCCUUGCUUCCCCACUGCCCUGCUUUCUUGCUUUCCCGCUUCCCUACUUCCCCGCCUCCUUCCUUCCCUGCUUUCCCACUUCCUUGCUUCUCUGCUUUCCUGCUUUCCCGGUUCCCUGCUUUCCUGCGUCCUUGCUUUCCUGCUUCCUUGCUUCCCUGCUCCACAGCUUCCCCAAAUUACCCACUUCCCUGCUAUCCUGCUUCCCUGCUUCCCUACUUCCCCAAUUCCCCACUUCCCUACUUGCCCACUUCCUUGCUUCCCCAAUUCUCCACUUCCCUGCUUCCUCGCUUCCCCUCUUCCCUGCUUCCCCAAUUCCCCACUUCUGUGCUUUCCCUCUUCCCUGCUUCCCUGCUUCCCUGAUCUCCCCACUUCCUUGCUUCCUUGCUUCCUUGGUUACUUCCCUGCUUCUUGCUUUCCCAUUUCCCCACUCCCUGCUUCCCUGCUUCUCCUUCUUUCCACUUCCCUGCUUUCCCACUUCCCCACUUCCCCACUUUCCGGCUUCCCCGCUUCCCCACUUCCCCACUUCCCCACUUUCCCACUUCCCCACUUCCCCACUUCCCCACUUCCCCCGCUUCCUUGA